AGAGAGGAAAUAAUUACAUAUAUAAUUCUGUUCGCAUAUGCCACAGACACUUUGAAGAAUAUUAUAAAUCACCGAGUAAACUUUUGACCAGAAAUGCAAUACCUACAUUGAAUUUGGGUAUGUAUUUUUACUAAUUUCUGGUUUACUUUUUUGUUUAGCAUGGUUACAAAACAACUAUAGUAAAAUUUUAUGUAUACGUGUUAAAAAUUUGUAUGUUAAACAGCUGGCGGCAGCUAGUGUUUCAAUAUUGUUGUACAUUCUAAUAUGCAAAUAUUUUAUUUACAGACUCGACACAAAAUCCACAAAUAAAUAUGCCAUUGACACAAAGUCCACAAAUGACUAUGCCAUUGGCUGAGCAAUAUCUUGUUGGAGAUGAACCAGCAUCAGCAUCAAUUUUAUCAAGAGCCACUGAAAAAUGCUUUAAGAAGCGAGAAUCAAGUGCAAUCAAAAAGCUCACGCGAAAACUGCAUGAAAUGCGCCAAAAGUGCAAAAUGCAAUCAAAAAAAAUUCGCUUUGCGAAAAAAUUGACUUUGUCAAAAUCAUUUCUUACAACUAUAGAGAAAUUACCUGAUGCAGCACAAAUUUUUAUUAAGUUGCAGUUAAAAGGCACUAAGAAACCGAGAGGAAGACGAUACACCAGAAAUGAAAAAAUAAUGGCCUUGUCCAUCUACAAGCAGAGUCCUAAAGCAUAUAACCUUUUGAAGAAAAUGUUUAUAUUACCUUCAAAACGUUGUUUGCAAAAAAUUCUAAGUUCAUUCCAAAUGAAACCAGGCAUCAAUGCUGAAAUAUUAGAAAAUUUAAAAAAGCAAGUGCAGCACAUGACAGCAGAAAAAAGAUUAGUUAAUUUAUUGUUUGAUGAAGUGUCAUUAGCGCCUGGGAUGGUUUAUAAUGACUUUUUAAAUGAAAUUAUUGGUUUCCCUGAUGAUGGCAGUAAAAAAGCAAAGGACAUUGCGGAUCGUGCCCUGGUUUUUAUGAUAAAGGGCAUUAAAAGUAAAACAAAACAGCCCAUACUAUUUAUAUUCACAAAAAGUGGAAUAAAAAAGCAGGAAUUAAAAGAUUUAUUAAUAGAAACCAUCAAAAGUGUUAAUAGUACAGGUUUAAAGGUGGUUUCAGCAAUAUGCGACCAAUGUCCUACAAAUGUUGCAGUGAUAAGGGAAUUAAGAGAAGAAACACAAAAAAAAUAUGCCGUUGAAGGGAAACCAACGCAAACAACGUUUUUUGAGGUUGAUAACACAAAAGUCUUUCCAUUGUUUGAUACACCCCACUUAUUAAAGGGUGUCAGAAAUAAUUUAUUGAAUAAAGACGCAAAAUUUAUGCUUAAUGGACAAGAGAGAUGGGCAAAAUGGGAACACCUGAAAAUGUUACUGGCCAUUGAUGUUGGAGAUGAUGAAAUUCGUCUCGUUAAUAAGUUGACUGAAAGUCUCAUAAAUAAAGAAAAAUUAAAAAAAAUGAAGGUUAAAUUAGCUGCCCAAGUAUUUAGCCAAAGAGUUUCAUCAGCGCUUCGGUUUUCAGGAAAACAUGGAAUUUUGCCGGCAGAAUGCGAGGGAACCGCUGAUUUUCUUUUAAUAUUCGAUAAAUUAUUUGAUUCUUUUAAUGGUCAUUCCUAUCAAGAUGAUUCAAAAAUGUACAAGAGUUGUGUGAAAAAGAAUUCCCCUCACUUCCAACUAUGGGAUGAUUUACUCCCUACAUUAGAAUCAAUUAGAUUUAAAUCAAUCAGUAAAAAAAAUGGUAUUGAUCAAAUUAAAUAUGAGAUGAUUCCUUCAAUAAAGAAUUGGAUACUUAAUAUAAAAACUUUUAAGGAAAUGUGGGAGUAUUUAUCAUCCAAUUAUAAAAUAACAAAUUUAAUCACAAGAAAUUUUAAUCAAGAUCCAUUAGAAAACUUUUUUAGUAGUAUUAGAAGCAAUGGUGUUAGAAACAUAAAUCCAAAUUGCUAUCAAUUUAUUAAUGCAUAUAAAACAUUGAUUGUUAAUAAUUAUAAUUCACCACAUUCUGCAGGUGCCAAUUGUGAAGAAGAUUAUAAUUCAGUUAUGCAAUCAUUAUCAUGUCUAAUCGGAAGCAAUCGGGCUGAUUCAAAUACUGUUGAUUUUGCAUGUAACAUUGAUUCCUUGCUUAGUGUGAUGACGGAAAUAAAAAAUAAUGAUUCUCUAUUGCAUGCUGAAUCGAAAAAAUAUGUAACAGGGUAUGUAAUUAAGAAAUCAAAGACAAAAGUUUUCAAAAGUUGUACUAAUUGUGUGAAUAAUUUGUGUAGAUCUAGUGCUGAUUUGGAAUCGUUUAAUUAUGAAAUUGAUUAUACAAAAAGAUCAUUAUUUCACCCAAGUGACAAAUUUAUAGAUUUAAUGAAUAAUAUGUAUUAUGUGAUUGUUGCAUGUCUUCGCAAUAACCCAACAUCAAAAUGUUUAAAGGAUGAAAUCAAGUUUUACAUUGAUUGUGCAUGUGAUUUUAAUAUAAUAACUUGUAGGAAACAUAAAGGUGAUUUGAUUGAUUUCAUUAUUAAUCUUUCAAUUAAAUUGAUUGUACAUAGUUGGUGUUUGGGGGUAAACAGAUUAUUAAAUGGAAAAACUAGAUGUUUUGAUAGGAAUGACCAAAUAAAAGAAAAAGUAACUUAAAAAAAUGUUUUUAUUUAUUUUUUAGCCCUGGAUCGUUUAAUAAAUCAGUAAAUGAUUGAAAAUACAACUAUUUACUUUUAGUUUAGUUCAGUUCAUUAUUAUUGUUGUAUUUUUGAUCAUUUAAUGAUUUUUUUAUUCAAAAUGACUACGUAACUCUGGUACUACUAGCGCCACCUAUAGCGCUGUUACCCAGUUUGCGCGCCAUCUAGCGUGUGGGGAAAUAUAGUUUUCUGAAUUUUGGCUCUCAGAGUGGCGUAUCUAUACCAGUAUUAGUGUAUAAUCUAUGCCAUAUACCGAGCACAAAUUAUGUUGUUGGUGGUUUUCCCCGCCACCUCGCGGGAAUUUUUUUAAAUUUUUUCGCAAAAUUUUUACUCUUAUGUACUGGACAUAAGGGUAAAAAAAGUAAACCCAAUCAUAUCCUAAGCAUUUAGCUUACUUAGAGGGGUUAACAAGAAUAAUAGUAAUUUGUGGCCCAAAUAGCAUAUUACCUUCUUUAUUUUUUUUUAUAAAUAACAGAUAUUCAUCGACAAAAAUCCAGACCGGAACAUAUCGCUACUUCAAUUCAAAAUUAACACAAAUUUAAAUUAUACG